UCACGCAACCCGUAUCAUAUGGCAGGGAAAAAAUGGCAGCCCCCACUGAAAGUUUCGAUAAUUGGCUUUCUAAUAAAUUAGUGACUUUAGAAAUUGAUGCAGAUGUCUUUCACUCAUACAUAGUAGGCAUAUUGGAAGGGGAUGAAUCAGCGGAAGAAAAGAACGAGGCCUUACAGGGCAUUAUUCAAAGUUGUGUAGAUGCAGACUCCCAGAAAGUCUGUGAUGAAAUAUUGGACAGAUGGGAAUCAGCUUCAGGAACUCAAAUCACUGACAAAACCGAUGCCGCAAAAUUCUCCGUCGAAGACAAACUUUCCAGCAUGCUAGGUAAAGAUAUUCCCUCCGUGGCAAGAACGCAGAAAAUCACAGAAGAGGAAAAGCAACGACGAGACGCGAUCGUUUCGCACUACGGUAACGUGGCAGAUGAAGGUUCUGACGGUGAUGAAGACCAUGACGACGGUGACUAUGACGACGACGAUGCUGGACUGUACAAGAACGUCAACGUGCAGUCGGUGAUGAACGUAGAAAAGGAUCGCAGAGAGAAGAUGAAGGAGGAAAUGCAAAAGAAGAAAACACGCGACCAGCAGGGGAGAGAUGAGCAGAAGAAGAAAGUUGAAGAAAGGAAAGAGAAGGAGAAAAAGAGAACACAGAAGGGGGAACGGCGCACGAGAUAGUAUGAAGAGUAGUUGCUGUGAAUUGUAAUUGCUUUCAGCAUUUGCUCCUCAAUCCUCCAUGAUGGCUACACAUCUAAUUUAUUUUACAAGUUUGAGAAUGUAUGUCGUAAAGUGUAGAAUAAACGCAAGGUACAAUCAGAUGUGACACUCGUGACCAUGUUAUGCAGUAAGUGAGUACUAAACGAUUGUGGUGAUGUCACGAUUGAGAAAGAAAACGUACAUGUAAAGGGGUAGAAAUUAACUUUUGAACACGGGAGUCCAACGGACUCCCUACCCUCAAAAAGAGGGAGUCCGCAGCAAAAUGAGGGAGUCCGCAGCAAAAUGAGGGAGUCCGCAGUCUGAGGUUCAAAAUUAAAGAUAAUAACAAUAACGCAUGUGCUUAUUUUUAAGAUUCAUGCAGUUGCACGUCUGCCAAAUUUUCUUCGGGCAUUAGCUGAAAAAAUAUGGUAAUUCCGCUAGGCCGUGCUCCGGAACGAACUAGUCGGUAUCGCAGAAUUUUCAGGGAGUCACACGGACUCCUGCAUAUGUCAAAUCAGGGAAUAUUUGACUCCGGACUCCCGUUAAUUUCGCACCCUGCAUGUAUGUUGUUCAAAGGCAGUAUAAGUUUUAUAGUAGAUGCACUGAUUACACAGAGCAUUGAUGAUGAGCAUUGUGGAAGUAUUCUGUAGUAAUUGUAAUAAGAAAUAAGACUCCUGUCUCAGGAGUGUGUGGAGAAAAGUUAAAUGUAUCUAGAAAUGCUUGAUAUAUUUAUAACUUGAUGUGCAGUGAAAUGCUACGUAUUUAUAAAAAAAAACGGGUGCCUUUUAACUUUUUAAUUCGGAAAGUAGAGGAUAGGUGAACCAGAAAUGUUGAAAUAGUUGCCAGUUGAUACCUCUCAGAAUCAUUAACGAAUGAAUAUUUUAAUGAAAUAUGGAAGGUAUCGAUCUUCAUCAUUGAGUAAUAGGCUUGCAUGUGUGUGACAAGCCCUAAUAUAUUACAGGUAAUCCUUGUUUGAUGGCAAUCUGGUUUGUGUUGCUUUGUUAUUACCUUGUUAAGGAUUAGUUAGGAAACAUACUCAUGUAGUCUUGCAAAGCUACGGUAUUACGUCAAUCGGGUGCCACCUGCUAUUCAAUACAAUCUUAUAACACAUAGUGCAGGGACGUAAUUUAACCCCAAGCGUAAGCCAGGUACUCUUCAGUAAGCAUAAUAUCAGCGAUGGUUCCUCUUAAGUGAGUAUCAGUCAGGGAUGGUACGUCUUUAAUGUGGCAGCCAUUUAUUGAUAUUGUCAUCUGUUCACGCACCUUACUUCACCAUGUAGAUUAAAUAGUAUUGUAAAUAACACUCUUUCCGUAUUAUACAAUGUGUUUGGACUGGCCAAAUAUUCCCUAGAACUCCCCCCCCCUCCCACUAUCAUACAAAUUUAACAUUUGUUCCUGUAGUGCGAUAUACAUCAAAUAGUAUCAGUUUUAAGAGAUACAUUAAUGAUAAUGAACAAGGAAUACCUGUAAAAUUGAUGCUUACGUGUUACCAAUGUCCAGCAUUCUGUAAACAUCGUUUGUUUAUCUCAUUAUAAUAAUCUACUUAAUGCUCGGAUAGUAUUGAAAAAAAGUAGGCAGUUUUGUGUACAAACGCUCGAGCAAGAACAAUUCUAUUUUGCUAUGUGAAGCUACAUAGUGUUCGCGCGUCAAGAUGAAAUAAAUUUGGGAGUUGAGCCCAACUCUGACAAUCACUGUUUAAA